UUACUGUCUGUCCUAAUGGCUCGAUUGUAGCGGUGAGUGAAAGACAUGACAGUCUCCACCAUCACCAUCCCCAAUUUCGCCAUUACGGCAGGACUCUUAUUGUUCUAUUGUGCUAUUGUUCGUCUCGGACGCCCGGUCAUGUCUCCUCCGCGGCUUGCAGAACUUCUUCGCCUCUUCUAUCCAACGCUUCCCACCUUACGUCUCUACAACUUCCCGUACAAUCCGCUCAGUCUUUGCAACGCACGUUACCUCACUCCGCAAGAACGCAAUCAUGGCUACCUGGGCGUCGUCGCUACUGGCAAUUCGUCCUGCAGCAUCUCAAGCGAUAGUGGAUGCCACCACUGCUACUCUUCCAGCGGAGUCGGUCAGAAGGGUCAUACUGCUCGUGUGCAACGAACUCCUCAAUAUGGAAGCCAAAACCACUCUCUGGAAUGCGCCAAUUCCGAAACCCUUUACCAUCUCGUUAAGCACGCUCUACGACCGCCUGCUCGACGGCAAACUUCCUCCCAGCCCCACGAAGGUUCUCUCUCCAGGGCUUGAAUCACAGGCAUCAUCGCAAACUCUCACAUGGACGCAAAACACGCAAACACUUUCGUCAAUGCCAAACCGCACAACUUCUCUCACCCCAGAAGACCGUCCACUCCAAGACUUCGAAGACGUGUACUACGCCCUCCUUGCCAAGCUCCAGGAUCUCCACGAAAUGCUCUCUGUGCGUGUCGCAAAUGGCUUUACACUCCCCGCGACGCCCAUCUUUCCUUCCGGUCCCACCGUCGUCGAGACCUGCGCCCAACUCCAAUACUUCUGGCACGUUCUCAAUGACCCUUGCCUUGCCAAAGCUUUAGAUGAAGCCGUGCGUCGCGCACGCGUGGACUCGCUGCAUGAGGAGAUUGUGCAGAAGUUGAUGCGGGAGCAGAUUACGGAGGGCGAUGCGGGCCAGCUGAUCGAGGAUUUGUAUACUUCAUUGAAUGCGGCGAAAGAGGGGGAGGAGAGGAUGCCGGGACUGGCGUGGGUAGGUGGGUGGGCGCCUAGUAUGAUUACGGCGUGGUUGGAGGAGAAGUAUCGGUCAUUGUUGAGGAGGGAGAAGGAGGCUUGGGAGUGGGAGCAGCGGGAGAAGAGGAGGGAACUUAGGCAGCAGAGGAAGAAAGAACGGAUGGUGAAGGAGGCGGAAAAUAGGGAGAGGGAGAGGGAGCAGGCGUGGAGGGAGAGGUAUGGGGAUCCGACGCCCGAGUGGGAGGCGGCGCUGAUGAAGAAGGCGUUUGUGCGGGAGGCGGACUCGGUGCAAGAGAUUGGGAGGACGUUGAGGCGGAGUGCAGGUGGGAAGGGCUCGUGCGAUGAGUCUGAGUGAGAAGGUAGCGGGUGGGGUGGAGAGGAUGGAUGUCGCGUUUGACCUUUGCAAUGGUGCUGGGUGAUCAUGCUGAAUUGCGGAAUAUGGGGAGGCGAGGCGGAUCUACUCAGUGCGACGGAGUCAUCGAGUAGCCCACAUUAAAUCGAUUGUUUGAUCACAAUUCGAAGUAUUGCUCAUUGCGUCCACGG